GGGAGGGAGCGAGGGAGAAAAUGCACUCCUUUGCUCCAUACGUACCGACCACAGCGCGUCGCGCUGCAUGACCACGCAUGUAUCAUAAAGCGGCACUCAUGAUUCCACGGCACACCAUCGCACACGAAAAAAGACACGACACAACCUCACUACCAAACUCAGAUACGCCGCCCCUCCCUCCCUCUCUCCCUCCCUCCCGUAGACACACACAACUCGGUCGCUGGCUCUCCUCCCUCCACUGUCUGCCUUGUGAGUCCACAGGUGUGUCUCUUGACCGACUGACAUGUCGUCAUGUCAAGUCAGUUAGUUCUUGGCAUAGCAGACGGAGAGCGAGGCGGUGGUGGGCGCCAUGACGACCUGCAGCUCGCACAGGUCGCGGACCUCCACGCCCGUGCAGAAGGACUGGUCAGUCUGCGUGCUGAUGGCGCCCUCCUCUUCGUUCAUCCGCAGACAAUACCUACAGACACAGACACACAGAGAGAUGUUGUGUGUUCGUGUAAAUGUGGGUGUGUGUGAUGGGAUGGCUCGCUCACUCGAAGCAGUACUCCGCCGUGAUGUUGGUCCCCGGUGAGUCGUAUAAGGGGUAAAAAGGCCCGAUGAUCAUGCCCUCCUCGUUCUCGACGCGGCAGAAACCGGUGCCAACACUCUCAAACGCUGAAGAGGCACGUACACAAGACUCCGCUCACUUUGCUGUAUCCCUCUCUGUGUGUGUCCCUUUCUUUUCUCACAUCCAUCGACGAGUCUGAAGCAUUCGUUGGCCUCUCCGCCGGUGCCGCCGUCUGGCUUGUCGCCUAGAAUCAUGAGGCAUGAGUCGGUCGUGUUGUCGUGCUGGAUGCCUUGGCACACGCCCAAGUCGGCAGACAGAUCCCUGCACAGACGGGCCUGCAUACAGAAUUCACACGAACACGAACACACACACUCACACACGCGCCGGAGAGAGAUGCAGUCGCUUGUACAUUCAGGAAGUGAGUGAGUUUGGCUUACGCAUUCAGCCACAGGAAUGCCAAGCGCUGCAACUGCACAGUCACGGACACGCAUCCACAUGAGAUCUGCAGCAGAUGCGAUGAGUCACUGAGUCAUUCUCACGUUGCUCGCGCACAGAUCCGAGCGACGUGACGACUCCCUCCUCCACAAUGGGGCUGUAGAAGUCGGAGGGCUCGCCACCAGAUGCACACACACCAAAACCCACGUGUGUGAAGCCCUCGACGGCCUCAGACUCAGCCACCUGGGCCAGGCAGCGGAAAACGAUGGUGAUGACGCAGAUCAGGUACAGCACCACUCGCGCAACCAUCCUCUGAAGGCCCGAGC